UUUCAGUAUCUACAAGACAGCUCCCAGGAUAUGGCUCAGAAUAUCAUCUACAGCCCUUGAAGAGGAACGAAAGGCCCUUGACUUUGCUUAAUGACUGAACUAGUAUUUUGUCCUGAUGAAACGUUCCUGGCUGAAGUUUUCUACAGAGAAAAGGCAGGUGGAGGAGAUGGCGGGGGGACCACAGGUCCUGCUCCUUCAGAGUUGUCCCUAGCAUCCAACAGCCCAGCUAGCCCCCGGGCUACUGUCAGACCCAGAAGACGCCUCCAAUAGUGAAGGUCAAGAGCAGCAACGAUUUCCGUGUGUGUGAUGAGGUCUGUUAUGAGCUCUUCCCUUAAGUUCGCUAAAGGGAUAUGGAGCGAUUUCCAGGAUCACUGUUGAUGAAGCAAAGGGAAAGCAGACGCUCAAAUGCCCUGUGUGCUGACUGUCUGGGGAGAGAGGACAGAACACACAGGUGUGUCUGGAGAAAGACGCUCUCCAGGGAAGCACGGACACUACGGGACCUGCUUCCUGGCAGGGAAGAAGUGGCCGGACAGUGGGGAGAGGACUGAGCCUUUGAAGUGUGACCCUGCCAGCAGCCAUGAAGUGCUUCCUGCUCGCCCUGGGCCUGGCCCUCGCCUGUGGCAUCCAGGCUGCCUACAUCCCCCAGAUGGCAGAAGACCUGGACAUUAGAAAGGUGGCGGGGAUGUGGCACACGGUGGCCAUGGCGGCCAGCGACAUGCUCCUCCUGGACGCCGAGAGCGGCCCCCUGAGAGUGUACGUGGAGGAGCUGAAGCCCACCCCCGAGGGCGACCUGGAGAUCCUGCUGCAGAAACGGGAAAACCAUGAGUGUGUGGAGAAGACCCUCAUGGCCCAGAAGACCGAGGACCCUGCUGUCUUCACGGUCAACUAUCACGGGGAAAGGAAGGUUUCUGUGCUGGACACAGACUACAGCAGCUACAUGAUCUUCUGCAUGGAGGGCCCCAUGCCCACCGAUGAGGGCAGCGUGAUGUGCCAGUGUCUGGCCAGGACCCGGAGAUGGAUGAUGAGGCCAUGGAGAAAUUCGCCGGGGCCCUGGCGUCGCUGCUGGGGCAUGUGCAGAUGGUCCUGGACCUGCGCCAGGGGGCGGGUGAGCUCGGCCGCCCCUCUUCCUUCCCCAGGCCUCCCGGGAGGAGGGGUUGGGGUGCAGCACCCUGUGGGGGCCCCCUCCCCAGCUCCCUCUGUCCUGGGGUGUCCAGUCCCAUCCUGACGCCCCCCCCAUGACUCUCCCUCCCCCACAGAGCAGUGCCACAUCUAGGUGAACCCCUGCGAGCACCUCUGGGGACCCGGGAGCCUUGGCCCCUCUGGGGACAGACGACGUCACCCCCACCUCCCCCAUCAGGGGACCAGGAGGGACCGGGACCGAGGUCACCCCUCCUGGGACCCAGGCCCCUCCAGGCCCCUCCUGGGGCCUCCUGCUCGGGGCCGCUCCUCCUUCAGCAAUAAAGGCGUAAACCUGU